AUGGCUACUUCUCCAGAUUCUAGACGGCUAUUUUCACCACACCCUUCUCCAUCUGAGAAGAAAUCAACAAAGACUUCAACACCAACUACAAAAUCUAAACUAUCCAUCGCUUUCCAAAAAGCUGCAAACAAAGAUCCUGCCUCUUUAAUCCAAGGAGUGCCGCAUCCUUUGAACACUCAAAGUGGAAUUGAUGACCUUUGUCAUGAACAAGAGGAACAUAAUGACGGGUCUGACGAUGAAGAUGAUGAUACUGAAGAAGAGGAAGAUCCAAAAACAUUGGAAAAUGAAGAAAACCAAGAAGAUUACGUAAAAGGAGGAUACCAUCCUGCUUACAUAGGAGAAGAGUACAAGGAAGGUAGAUAUGUGCUGGUUAGAAAACUUGGAUGGGGACAUUUUAGUACUGUGUGGCUUGCAAGAGAUAAUGAGAAAAAUGUUCAUGUUGCUGUUAAGAUUGUUCGCUCAGCAAGACACUAUACAGAAACAGCCUUAGAUGAAAUCAAGUUAUUGAAGAAAAUAAGUUAUAAUCAUAGUAUCCAUAGGGGUAAAAAACAUGUUAUUGCAUUUUUAGAUUCGUUUAAUCAUGAUGGUCCAAAUGGUACACAUGUUAUAAUGGUUUUUGAAGUUUUGGGAGAAAAUUUGUUGAGUUUAAUUAGAAAGUACAAACAUAGAGGAAUUCCAGUGAUUUAUGUUAAACAAAUUGCUAAACAAAUGUUAUUGGCACUUGAUUAUUUACAUAGAGAAACUGGUGUUAUUCACACAGAUUUGAAACCUGAAAAUGUCCUUAUUGAAAUUGGUGAUGUUGAGCAUAUUGUUAAAAUGGUGGAGACUGUUGAAAAAACAGAAAGAGAUAGAAGAAAACUGGAGAGAAGACAAUCAAGACGUUCAAGAUUACCAAGUGCACAUACUUCUGUUCCGCCAAAAUCAGGUUCAACGAGUGGAACUUCAACUCCUUCAAGAAAUGGCAGACGCUCAAGACGCCAAACUCUGAUUACUGGAUCUCAACCAUUACCUUCGCCAAUUAGUUCUGGUCAAUAUUUCGAGAAUUCACCAUUCAAAAAUGAAUCCCCAUUAAAAUCACAAUCAAAGAGAGCAGAAACAGUGGCAAAUUCACUGUCAUCGAUGUCUAUAUCUGCUGAAAAUAGUGGAAUUGAAAUAAGUCAGGAUGAAAACAAUAGAGGAGUCAUUACAAGUGAUGAACAUUUGAUCAGUGUCAAGAUUGCAGAUCUUGGAAACGCAUGUUGGUAUGAUGAACAUUUCACAAAUGAUAUCCAAACAAGACAAUACCGUUCGCCAGAAGUAUUGCUAGGUGCUAAGUGGGGGUGUUCUGCUGAUGUUUGGUCAUUAGCUUGUAUGAUUUUUGAAUUACUCACCGGUGAUUAUCUUUUCGAUCCUGUUAAGGGUCAUAGUUAUACAAAAGACGAUGAUCAUAUUGCUCAAAUAAUUGAAUUAUUGGGUAAAAUUCCUUCAAAUGUUUUGAAAGAAGGUCAAUACUCUAGAGAGUUUUUCAAUUCUAGAGGAGAAUUAAGAAAUAUUUCAACAUUGAAACCAUGGGGUCUAAAAGAAGUCUUGAUGGAUAAAUACAACUAUAAUGAAACUGAUGCUUAUGAAUUAGCUGACUUUUUAUUACCAAUGUUGUCCAUCAAUCCAGAAAGAAGAGCUGAUGCCGGUGGUAUGGUGAAUCAUCCUUGGUUAUCCGAUGCUAUGGGAUUGGAAAAUGUUCUUCUUGAAAGACCUUUACGUGGUACAGGUGAUGAUAUCCCAGGUUGGUCUAGAGAGAUUAAAGGUCAUCCUAAACACUAA